AUGGCCUCCGCGUGCGAAGUUGGGGAAUGUCUCGGUCUUCACCUCAAUGAUGUAGUAAGAUUUUUAGAGAGUGGUAACCACGACUGCGAUACCUUAGAUUAUGCAAUUUUCCGAUUAGAUUGGGUCUUAAAUGUGCUUGCGAGAUACUUGGACACUGAAGGUAGAGGAGCGAUAAACGCACGCGUAAUCGACCUCGUUUGCGAAGCGAGAGAAGUGGUUACCAACGCUGACCAUAGUAGAGGUGCAUUUCAGGCAGGUUGUAUUUUUACUUGUCAGCCUGGACGGCCAAAGUUAAAUGUUCCUCAAGAACAAUUACAAUUUCUCAUAGAACGUCGAUUCAACACCACACAAAUAGCUUCCCUUCUGGGGAUUAGUUCACGAACAAUUGAGAGACGUUUACGUGAACAUAACCUGAAUAUCAGUACUUCUUACAGUAAUCUAAGCGACCAAGAUUUGGAUACAGUUAUCAAGAGUGUACUCACCGAUUUCCCUCAGACGGGCUACAAGCGGAUGACUGGGUUUUUAAGGGCAAGAUGGCUUAUUAUCCAAAUAGGGAGUACAAGUUCCAAGUUCCAAGUCCAAAGUCGCAUUCGAGCAGCAAUGAGGAGAACAAAUCCUGAAGGAACUCUUUUGAGAGCUCUGGGAAUUCAUGUCAUUCCACGGCGGAGUUACCAGGUUGCAGGACCUCUUGCCCUUUGGCAUGUUGACGGCAACCACAAGCUCAUUAGGUGGAAGUUUGUAAUCCAUGCUGGGAUUGAUGGAUUUUCUCACAUGAUAAUGUUUCUACAUUGUUCAACAAACAAAAAGUCUUUGACUGUUCCGCAGCUUUUCCAGUCUGCUGUAGAAACUUUUGGUCUUCCCCCCCCGUGUGCGAUCUGAUAAGGGUGGUGAAAAUGUUGAGGUAGCUUGGUACAUGUUAAAUCAUCCGUUGCGUGGGCCCGACAGGGGAAGCUAUACAGCAGGCCGCAGUGUCCACAACCAACGCAUUGAGAGGUUAUGGCGGGAUUUGUUUAUGGGUUGUACAUUUCUAUUUUACCUCCUUUUACAUCACAUGGAGAGGUGUGGUAUUCUUGAUCCUUGCAAUGAAGUGCAUUUGUUUGCAUUGCAUUAUGUCUUCCUGCCAAGGAUAAACAGGAAUCUAAGAGCCUUCCAAGAAGCACACACCAGAGCUCCCAUAAGCACCGAAGGAAACUCUUCUCCAGAGCAGCUUUGGGUUUGUGGUAGGUUGUGAAUGGCAAAUUCUCAUCACACAAUAGGGCAGGAAUUCCGAGAUCCUCAGGUAUGGUAGUUGGCUAUGAACAAAGGGCCGAUUCAUGAAAGUCUUG